AUGCCUGAAUCAAUCAUCAACGACAAAGACCUGGCGUUGGACCGCUACAAUGGCAACAUCUUCGUGCUCACCAUGCGUAAAGCACCUGAGAACCGAUUGAACUCGAAGUACUGCCAAAAGCUCAUUGCAGCAUACGGCCAGGUCCGCAAGAUUCUAGGAGAAGACGUGGACGGUGCAGUCAUAACCAGAGGCAACGAUGCCAAGUUCUGGUGUACUGGACUCGAACUCGAUGAAGCCGACAACAACCCAGCAGCCAACUCGGAAGGCUUCUAUCCUCUCCUCGCGACGCUCAUGGACUUCCCCUUUCCCACCAUUGCCCUGAUCACAGGCCACACCUUUGGAGGCGCCGGACCUUUCGCCCUCAGCCACGACUACCGUGUGAUGAACAGCAAACGGGGAUUUAUCUCCAUGCCACCAGUCAACCUGGGUCUCCACUUCCAAGGCAUCGGAACAUUGCCGCGGCUGAAGCUGCGACCAGAGAUUGCUCGCAAGAUGUUGCUUGAAGCGCACCGUUGGACGGGCGAGCAGGCUCUCGCGGACGGAAUUGUUGACGAAAUCGCGGCGCCGGAGAAGAUGUUUGAUGCCGCGAUGGAGAUUGCGAAGAAGCUGGCGCCGAAGGCGAAGAUGGGUGUCUUUAGUUUGCUGAGGAAUGAACUGUAUGGUGAGGCUGGCAAGAACUUCCGCGAUAUCAGCUAUGUGUACGGACGGCGCGUGGGUGAGGCUGCGAAAGCGAAGAUCUAA